GUUGGGCCUUUCAAGUUUUCGUCAAAUUUUGACCGAAAGAAGGGGAAGAAGGAGAAAGCUCUGUGUCUUCUUCAACCUUCAACACCGAAGCAGUUUCGUUACAACGACGUCGUUUGAUUGCGGUUGCGGUGAAAAUCGAAUGGGGUGGGAAAGCUACGUGGUGGUGCACAACAUAGCAAAGAGGCACAACGUCGGCACACUCGCACGAAGCGCCACCGCCUUCGGCGUCACGGAGCUCAUCCUCGUCGGCCGGAGAGACUUCAACUCUUUCGGCAGCCAUGGCUCCUCCAACCACCUCCGCUUCCGCCACUUCCACUCUCUCCAAGACGCCCGCCACUACCUCAAGCACGAGAGGGACUGUGAUAUCUGCGGUGUCGAGAUCACCGACGACGCUCUCCCUGUCAACCACCAACCUUUCAGUAAGAACACCGCUUUUCUUCUCGGCAACGAGGGUUCCGGCCUCUCCCCGAAGGAAGUUGAGAUUUGUGACUUCUUCGUCUAUAUCCCGCAAUAUGGUGGCGGCACUGCUUCCUUGAAUGUUACUGUGGCUGCUUCCAUUGUUCUUCAUCAUUUUGCAGUUUGGGCAGGUUUUGAUGAGAGAUCUCGCGAUGGAAAUAAAUUUGUUGUGGCUGAGAGACCUGUAAAACAGAGUCGACGGAAUUACUGCGCCGAAGCCGAAGAAUCUGUCAUUGAAGAGCGUAAAGCUAGACGAGAAAAUGCUGCCAAUGGUGGUUUCUUUGAUGAGACUGAGAGUGGAAAUUCAUCUUCAAGCCUCCUUGAUGCAUUGUUUGUGGAUGGUUGAUGGAUUCUGUGUGAUUACUUGGGGAGCAAUGAUCUUUUCAUUGUUUGGAUGGUAGCUUGACCACUUGAAUGCUUCAGUUUUGGUAAAAGAGAAUUGACAUCUUUCUUACCUAUUUGGUGUUGGAUUAGAAACUGACUGUUAGAUGGCUGGCUUGAUUUAUGUAGUGUAAACAAAAGAGGUAUUGUUUUAGCUGGGGAAGGUUUUUAUCUUCAUUAGGUGUGUAUGUUGUAAUUUACUAUUUGCUUCACUGCCACCAGUUCAGGAUAUAAUUGGAGAUUGUUAUACCAGUUUUGUAUGGGCUAAUUAUUUUCAUAAAUGCUUCUACUGAGACUGCAUUUGGAAUAAUUUGUUCAUCCUUAUAACAUAAGAAUUAAUACAUGUAUUUGGUUAAGAUUA